AUGAGGUCAGAGUGGAGACUGCUGCUGCUGGUCCUGACGGUCCUGGCACCGAGCUUGUCCCAGGGCCGCAUGAUCACCAGAUGUGAACUCAAGAGCAGACUAGAACAGGCCAUCGACCUACCGGAAGGCCUUGAAAAGUUCAGAAAAGUCCUCGUGUCAGUAGGAAUCGACAACCAAAACCACGAGACCCGACGAACUUCCAGAAGCAACCAACAGCACAAUCGCCCCUGCACCACCAGCACCAACCAACAGCACAAUAGCCCCUGCGCCAAUAGCACCAACCAACAGCACAAUCGCCCCUGCACCACCAGCACCAACCAACAGCACAAUCGCCCCUGCACCACCAGCACCAUCCAACACCACAAUAGCCCCUGCGCCACCAGCACCACCAGCACCACCAGCACCAUCCACCACCACAAUAGCCCCUGCGCCAAUAGCACCAACCAACACCACAAUAGCCCCUGCACCACCAGCACCAACCAACACCACAAUAGCCCCUGCGCCACCAGCACCACCAGCACCACCAGCACCACCAGCACCACCAGCACCAUCCAACACCACAAUAGCCCCUGCGCCACCAGCACCACCAGCACCACCAGCACCAUCCAACACCACAAUAGCCCCUGCGCCAAUAGCACCAACCAACACCACAAUAGCCCCUGCACCACCAGCACCAACCAACAGCACAAUCGCCCCUGCACCACCAGCACCACCAUCCAACACCACAAUAGCCCCUGCGCCACAAGCACCACCAGCACCACCAGCACCAUCCAACACCACAAUAGCCCCUGCACCAGUAGCACCAACCAACACCACAAUAGCCCCUGCACCACUAGAAACAACCAACACCACAAUCGCCCCUGCACCACUACCACCAACCAAUACCACAAUAGCCCCAGCACCAGUAGCACCAACCAACACCACUAUCGCACCUGCACCACUAGAAUCAACCAACACCACAAGAGCCCCUGCACCGCUAGAAACAACUAACACCACAAUAGCCCCUGCACCAGUAGCACCAACCAACACCACUAUUGCCCCUGCACCACUAGAAUCAACCAACACCACAAUAGCCCCUGCACCAC